AAGUAUGGCUACAUCGUGAGAUUAAAUAUCCACAUAAGUGUAUAUGUAACUGUCAGUUACUAAAAAUCUAUUUUCUGUCUAUUGGGCGUCUUAAUAUAUUUUGAACAAGUUUGUUUAUCUAAUUUUACUUGUGUUCGGAGUUAGAAAAAAAUUCUGAAACGGAACUUCCCUAAAAUAUUCUACUUUUAUAGGACAAAUCGAAUACUGUCAACGUCUGCUCUGACGAAGAACAUGAAAAUGGUUUUGUCGCAGAGGCAGCGCGAGGAACUGAACCAAGCGAUUGCCGAUUAUUUAGGCAGUAGUGGAUAUUCUGAGUCCUUGGAUGUAUUCCGCAAAGAAGCCGACGUUUCCACAGAAAAUGAAAAGAAAGUGAGUGGACUCUUAGAAAAAAAAUGGACUUCAGUUAUUCGGUUGCAAAAAAAGGUUAUGGAGUUGGAAGCGAAAUUAUCAGAAGCUGAGAAGGAGGUUAUUGAAGGCGCUCCUACUAAAGCAAAACGAAGCCCUGGUGAAUGGAUUCCACGUCCUCCGGAAAAAUUUUCUUUAACUGGACAUCGUGCUAGCAUUACACGGGUGGCAUUUCACCCAAUUUUUGGUUUGAUGGUUUCAUCAUCAGAGGAUGCUACUAUAAAAGUUUGGGACUUUGAAACUGGAGAAUAUGAACGUACUUUAAAAGGUCAUACCGAUUCUGUCCAAGACGUAGCAUUCGACGCCCAAGGAAAGCUUUUAGUAUCAUGCAGCGCUGAUUUAUCCAUUAAAUUAUGGGAUUUUCAACAAAGUUACGAAUGCGUAAAAACAAUGCAUGGACAUGACCAUAAUGUUUCGUCUGUAGCGUUUGUGCCGGCUGGAGAUUACGUAAUUUCAGCAUCACGAGAUAAAACCAUAAAGAUGUGGGAAGUGGCCACAGGAUACUGUGUAAAAACAUAUUCUGGCCAUAGAGAAUGGGUGCGUAUGGUUCGUGUGCACCUGGAUGGAAGUAUAUUUGCUUCUUGUUCAAAUGAUCACUCUAUUCGUAUUUGGCAGACGAGUACAAAGGAUUGCAAGGCCGAACUUCGAGAUCACGAUCACACAGUUGAAUGUAUAGCUUGGGCACCGGAUAUAUCCACAAUUGCUAUAAAUGAAGGUACUGGCGUUGAUAAUAAAAAAGGGCACCAUCAAGGACCAUUUUUGGCAUCAGGAUCUCGAGACAAAACCAUAAAAAUUUGGGAUGUUAGUGUUGGUGUAUGUUUGUUCACUCUGAAUGGCCAUGACAAUUGGGUCAGAGGGUUAUCAUUUCAUCCAGGCGGUAAAUAUCUUAUAUCAGCAAGUGAUGACAAAACCAUUAGAGUUUGGGAUUUACGCAACAAGCGAUGUAUGAAAACGCUGUAUGCACAUCAGCAUUUUUGCACUUCAAUUGAUUUCCAUAAAACUCAUCCCUAUGUUAUUUCCGGAAGCGUAGAUCAGACCGUAAAGGUUUGGGAAUGCCGUUAAUUGCAUUGAUGGAUUACUUUUACCUAUAACCAAGCGACAUCAUUUGAAUUUCAGAAGUAAAAUUAUAUAAAAUAGAUUAUCAUACAUAUGUAAUUCAAUACGAUAUAAUAUAUUUAUUUAGUAAUGAUUAUAGUAUAACGAAAAUCUUAUUAAAAUAUUAUUUAUUUUAAAGCAAGAACUAGAGCAACUGAUGAAAAAUUUAAAGAGCAAGUAUAUUAAUGUAAUAUUAUAAUAAAAGUAAAUAACAAAGCUUACAGUCGGUAAAUAUAAAUAGAUACUUAUAUAUAAACAGUUCUAUUCAAUAUAUGCUUUUACGUCUUUUUUAAUUAUACAUACUUUAGUUUUCAGCUAAAUAAAACAUGGUUGGAUUAAUAUUUGGAGAUAUAUUGCUAAUACUGUCGUUGAUUGUUCAAAUAUAUAAUAAAACAUAAGAUCGAUAUAUUAAUACUUUUUAAUUUA